AUGUAUGCGGGCCUGCUUGAGAUCCUGCUAACAAUCUGUUUUGGGCGCACAGUACAGUCGGCGCUCGUAUGGAACACAGGUGGAACAGCUGCGCUAUUUACAGCUAUUGCCAUACCACUCGAUCUGCCGUCAAGGCAUGUGUUCAUGUCAUACUAUUUUGAGGCCACGUAUUCGCUGCCCAAAACUUGGCAUGAAGAGCCACCAGUUUUUCGACGUGGUAAUGAUACGAACUCGGAUCCAAGUGGUGAUCCAGUGGCUGAUUUUGGGGACUACUAUGACGACUAUGAGGACCACAAACCAUCCAAGUUGAAGCCGCCCAAGCGUAAACACAAAACCAAAAAAAAAACGAAGACCACUCCGAAGCCGUCGUCUGAUGACUACAAGGACUUCUUCGAGGGCUAUCCGCGGCAGGAGCGGAAUGAGGCUGUGGCCAGACAUCGCCAGGAGCAUCAGCUGCUCUCACGCACCAAGUUCUAUAAGAUACUUGGCCAGAGAUUCGAAGAACAUGGCCUGGGCAGCGGCGACGGCUGCCUGCUGCGGCUCAUCUGCGAGGCGAACAGUGCACAGCUGGGCGAGCUCAAUGGCGUACUGGGCAGCCUGAUGCAUGUGAUGUUCAGUCCCAGCAGCUCCCAGUACGAAGCGCUGCCCCAGCGCUACUACAAUGCGGAGCGCAAUGGACUGCGGGACAAUUGUCGAGGGUAUUCCGCCAAAUGUGGACGCAGCGUGCUGGACUUGAUAACCCGACCACUGAUCGACUAUAUAGUAGGCAAUAAAUCCAUCUCGCUAUAGUUCUUUA